UCUUUUGGUGAAAAGACAGAAAGGUGAAAAUUUGCGUGUUUUGUGGUGCUCGCCCCUGUUUUACUAUGAAAAACUCGUGUAGUUGCGAAUCAUGUAUUACUCUAAGAAGAUUUUAAGGAAGUUUCUGUCGUGCAAAUCGUUACUUUACCUGUUCACUUGCGUAUUGACAGCAAUCUUUUUCUAUGGUUACAUUAUACGAGUAUACGGAGCUUUCCCGUUGGUGUAUCCAUCUGCACCAAUGUUUAAGCCACCCAAUGAAUCUAGCUACCACAAUUCAGAUGAUACAAAGUCAGGAAGGUGUUUAAGUAAUUAUUUUGAAGACAUUCUGUUGAUCAUUGUCUAUCAUUUCCCAUUCUAUGAGUCAAUUCCUCUCCUCAAGUCAUUUUAUAAGGAUGUUUUUACAAAUAUAUUGAUAUGUGGCCCCAAGUCCUACGACAAUCAUUAUGUAAUGGUCAUAGAUGUCGGUGGUGGGCUUUUAGGUUAUGAAUGUGCUGGUGAGGCGAUUCGCAGGUAUCCCAGUUUCCGUGGAUACCUUUACAUAAAUGAUGAUAUGGUAGUGAAUUGGUGGAACUUUGCCACUCUUGAUAAAGACAAGUUGUGGCAGGGCGGAGCUAUCAUUCCCAACAAUGAGCAUGUCAUGGGUAGCCGACCUAUAGCAACUAACUGGCCGUGGUGGAAUAUCAAGUCAAAGUCUGCGGAAGCUUGUGAAGAUUCCUAUCUAGAAAUAAUGCACAAAUACCGCAAUUCCGCCGACAUUGACGUCGCCGCUUUGGCCGAAACACAUCUUUUGAAUGGUCGCGGCAAAAAGGUUUGCUUUCGAAUGUGGUCGGAUUUAGUUUAUGUUCCAAAAAGAUUUAGUGAUCGAUUUCAAAAGUUCUCUUUUAUCUUCCAUAAAAAUGAGGUGUUCCUGGAAGUUGCAGUGCCUACCAUCAUGAGCUUUUUGGAUCUACGAGAUUCUUGGGAACAACAUUAUGGCGUGUAUCUGCCUGAUAUGUAUGGUUCCAUAGACUUUACUGAUGGAAAAUUAGUUUGGCCAAACUAUAACUAUCGAAUAAAUUUCAUACACCCUGUUAAAUUUCAAGGAGACAAAGCGAGAGUUAACAGAGAAAAACUAAAAUAUGAAAUAGGUCCUUUUUCUAAAAAUUUUACCAAGUGUUAGGCUGUUAGUGUAAUGUGUUAGCUUUGUCAAGUAAUUUACUUUGUACAUUGCUGUCAAAAAAACCAAAUCAAAUAAAUUUUACAUGUGAAAA